UACUCGGAUUUAUUUCUUUUUUUUAAUAUAAAAAAAGGUAGGAAGGAGAUAAAUAGAGCAACGAACCGUCGCCCACGGGAGUCGGCGCGAGGAGAGGCCUCGACCCGCAGCAGCCACAAGCCCCCCGCGGACCCUCGGCGCUCCGAUUUCAGCUUUUUGUGCUGCUCGGUGAUGUCGUUUCGAAGAGGAUCAUCUACUUUCAAAAAAUCACUCACCCCUGAGAUGCCAGGUUCUUCUGGGCAGCCAGGCUCACAGACAAUAAAGAAAGGGCACAGAGGAGUGGACUCCACGGGCGAGACUACCUAUAAAAAGACGACGUCAUCUGCCUUGAAAGGUGCCAUUCAGCUGGGCAUUACACACACAGUUGGAAGCUUGAGCACUAAACCCGAAAGAGAUGUUCUCAUGCAAGAUUUCUACGUAGUAGAAAGUAUUUUCUUCCCAAGUGAAGGGAGUAACCUCACCCCAGCUCAUCACUACAACGACUUUCGGUUCAAAACCUAUGCUCCAGUGGCAUUUCGCUAUUUCCGGGAGCUGUUUGGGAUCCGACCAGACGACUAUCUGGUGAGUUGGUGGUUGGACCGGGUUCCCGUUUGUUGUGUACUCUGUGUGAUGGGUGUUUGUCCUCUUCCCCCUCUCAGAGCUAUGGAGCACCGUGAGGCCCUGUGGUAAGCUCUGUAAGCACAGCAGUGGGUGCUCUCUGUGACCCUGCACAAAGAGGCUGAGUUCUUACAGAAGCUGCUGCCUGGCUACUACAUGAAUUUGAACCAGAACCCAAGGACGCUGCUGCCAAAGUUUUACGGCUUGUACUGUGUCCAGGCCGGAGGCAAAAACAUUCGCAUUGUCGUGAUGAACAACCUACUGCCGCGCUCUGUCAAAAUGCACCUGAAAUAUGACCUGAAGGGCUCCACCUACAAACGCCGAGCAUCCCAGAAGGAACGGGAGAAGGUCUUCCCAACAUACAAGGACUUGGAUUUUAUGCAGGACAUCCCUGAUGGCCUCUUCUUAGACUCUGACAUGUAUAAUGCUCUGUGCAAAACAUUACAGAGAGACUGUUUGGUCCUGCAGAGCUUUAAAAUCAUGGAUUACAGUUUGCUUGUUGCUAUCCAUAACAUUGACCUGGCGCAGAGAGAGCACGCGAUGGCUGAUGGGACAUCCCAGACCGAUAUGCGGCGACCCGCUGCCCAAAAGGCUCUCUACUCGACAGCCAUGGAAUCCAUCCAAGGAGAGGCCCGGCGAGGUGGCACUAUAGAAACAGAUGACCAGAUGGGAGGCAUUCCGGCCCGCAACGCGAAGGGGGAGAGGCUGCUGCUGUACAUCGGCAUCAUUGAUGUGUUGCAGUCCUACAGAUUUGUCAAGAAGCUGGAGCACUCUUGGAAGGCCCUUGUACACGAUGGGGACACUGUAUCUGUGCACAGACCCAGCUUCUACGCCGAAAGGUUCCAACGGUUCAUGUGCAACACAGCGUUCAAGAAAAUACCACUAAAGCCAUCCCCUUCUAAGAAGAGCCGGUCUGGCACAGCAGUUCCUCGGCGGAGCUGUCAAGGAGGAGUGCCUUCCCAGUCGCACAUGUCAUGUGAGACAAAAGCACAAGUAACGACAGAGGCGGAUAUAGAGCAAGGUUCCCACCUUGGUCGCCCAGAUCUCCUGCCCAGGACCCUGCCGGUAGAUGAAGCUAACAGCGAUUCCAUCGCAACAACCCUGUCCACUUCUUCCUUGGGCAGUGGAGGCCUCAACUCGCCCGCAAAUAGGUCAGUGGGCGUACAAGUGCAUAAAGCUGGCAGCUCAGCAAAGGAUUUGACUAGAACAGCUCCCGGCAUCUUCCUGUCUAGCGGCUCCCCAGGGCCUUCCAUACCCGAGCGCUCCGCCGAGCUGAGAGAGCAGCUCGAAGACCUGCAAGAGACAGAGAUAAGCUUUUGAAGCAACACGGAGACUGCCGCCAUGGAAGCAGAUUGUUCUGUGCUCUGCGUGGUCUGUGGAGUCUGACAAACGUUCAGCCCCUGUUGCUGACUUACUAUUUUUUUUUUUUAAAGAAAUCUUAUCUGGACAGAAACCUAAAAGCUGGAAGGCUGGGCUACGCUUAGGGGGAUAGUAUUAACAAAGACCGAGCCAGCACAGCUGAGCCUUGGACACCUGGAAGUCUCCUUACAGCAGAGCCCACCACUGUGCCCCUGCUGUCCUCCUUCCUUUCAAGCCUGGCGGGAGCAAAGCCGGCUGUUGGGAGGAGGAGGAGGAACUGCUCCGUGUGGGCUGAAGCCCUCUGGAAAAGGGAUCUGACUGUCAGGGAGUUAGCUGCUUACGAUGCCGACACCACAAACCUUGCGAGAACGGGCAACUCUUUGGAGUCACUGGGGGGAAACGGGCAUUAGAGCCUCGUUGGGGCGGUUUGCGACAGAGCAAUGUGGUUUUAUUUUGUAUUUUAAACAAGUUUUUAAUUUAAAUGU